UUCCGACCACUUCCGCUUUCCAUAUCUACAACCCUUAGUCCCAUUCCCCUCUCCCCAAAUAUUAUCGCUUAAAUGGCCUGGGCUCACACUACACGCCUUCCUAUCCUAAUCUGGUGUCUCUGGGCCUUCCCUUUCACCAUCUGGGACACCUUAUACCUCCUCCUUCGACCCCACAGCCUCCCAGGCCAAAAAUGGCACGACUCCUACUUCUCCCACGUCUUUGCAAUAUGGGCAUCUGUCGACCACAUAUACGGUGAAGAAGGCUGGCGUAAUAAGAGCGGCUUUGUUCUUGCUCAAAGUGCGAUUAACGUGACAGAAGCUACGCUCUACAUGGUGUAUAUCUGGAUCAUCUUGCGAUCUGGAAGCCAAAUUUCGGCGUCGAAGUGGCGGAUUGGCGGGAGGACCGGAGCUUGGGCGGUGUUAGUGGGUGAGGUUGCAGGUUGCGUUACGGCGACCAAGACGGCUAUGUACUUCAUGAGGGAGUGCUUCUCGGGGUUCAAGUACACAGGCCAUAACGAUUGGAGGCCUUUUCUUGUGACUUGGGGAGGCAUGAAUUUGCUGUAUAUUUCGACAUCGAUGUAUAUGAUCUGGACGUUUAGUAAUGACAUCUUAAACGGGCUUGAACGAGCAUCGAUGGCGAAUAGUCGGGAGAGCCAGCCAUCUAAGUAUAAGAAAGGAGGAUAAGUGUUGCACCCACAAUCUUCAUAAAGAAGCGCUGGAAGCAGCUAAGUACGGAGGUAUGUUUGUUUGCCUAGGCAGCAAGAAUAUGCCGAUGGAACCACGCACGCACUUAUCUCAUACCUUAGGCAAUCUUAGCAAAAAUCUUAAGAGAAA